AACAAACCCACCUACAACAAGCCUCGGAAAUGUGACAGCUGUGGCUAGUACAGUACCGGUAACAAAUGGUAGCAAUGGUUUUUCUUUAGCAUCACAGUCUAUAACUCAAACAACAUCUGUAAGCAAUAUCAGUGCUUUUAUGACCACUCCAGGAUUUUCUAUCAAUGCCACUAUUGUCCCUUCUCAACCUCAGCAUUCAAGCACCAUAAAUCAGACAUUUGUAUAUAACUCAACAUUUGUAACAUUUGUAGAUUCGACUAAUGUAACCAGUACAGAGCCUCUUUUCAACACCAUCAAUUUUACUACUCAACUGCCACAAUCUCAAAGUACAGUGAAUCAAGCAACAUUUGUAUAUAAUAUGACUGCAACAACAUCUGAAAUUAUAAUCAGUGGGACAAGUCAGAUUCCCUCUAUCAACACUACGAAUUUUACUACUCCACUGCCACUAUCUCAAAGUACAAUGAAUCAAACAACAUUUGUAUAUAAUACGACUGCAACAGCAUCCGGAAAUAUGAUCCUUUCGACAAGUCAGAUUCCCACUAUCAACACUACGAAUUUUACUACUCCACUGCCACAAUCUCAAAGUACAAUGAAUCAAACAACACUUGUAUAUAAUACGACUGCAACAGCAUCCGGAAAUAUGAUCCUUUCGACAAGUCAGAUUCCCACUAUCAACACUACGAAUUUUACUACUCCACUGCCACAAUCUCAAAGUACAAUGAAUCAAACAACACUUGUAUAUAAUACGACUGCAACAGCAUCCGGAAAUAUGAUCCUUUCGACAAGUCAGAUUUCCACUAUCAACACUACAAAUUUUACUACUCCACUGCCACAAUCUCAAAGUACAAUGAAUCAAACAACACUUGUAUAUAAUACGACUGCAACAGCAUCCGGAAAUAUGAUCCUUUCGACAAGUCAGAUUCCCACUAUCAACACUACAAAUUUUACUACUCCACUGCCACAAUCUCAAAGUACAAUGAAUCAAACAACACUUGUAAAUAAUAUGACUGCAACAACAUCUGGAAAUAUGAUCCUUUCGACAAGUCAGAUUCCCUCCAUGAACACUACGAAUUUUACUACUCCACUACCACAACCUCAAAGUACAAUUAAUUUAACAACCUUUGUAUAUAAUACGACUGCAACAAGUCAGAUUCCCUCUAUCAACACCAAUUUUACUACUCCACUGCCACAAUCUCAAAGUACAACAGUUGUAGCAAUUACUACAACUACUACCAAACCACAAACCACUACUGCUGCUGCAACAACAACUUCUGCAACUACAACAACCACAGCGACCUCUACCAAAACAUCUGCUGCAAAUGGUGGCAUGCUUAAACCUGUUACCCUCUUUAACUAUAGUACAAUAUAUGGUGACACACCAUUUGUUGUCAGAAGCACCGAUUUUACCUCCCCGCUGAUUCAGCCACAAAUGGGCUUUCCCUUUGGCGGCAUGCUGCAUGAUUCUUUAUAUUACACAGACAAUGGUCAGAUCAUCUUCCCAGCAUCGCAAAAUGACAUCUUUAAUUACACUAACCCACCAGUUGGUGGAUUUACUUCCAACUAUCCAGUAGCCAUGAUUGCUGUGUUUUGGGAUGAUGCCGAUUUUUCAAAAAAUGUUGGAACAACAUAUUAUCAGGUAUAUACAAAGAGCAGUACCAGCACUAACAGCAACAAUGUAUUCCAAGAUGUGGAAAAUAUGGUUAAAAAAUAUGUAAACAGCACAUAUGCCGCUGAGUGGACCAUGAAGAUUACAUGGGAAAAAGCCCCUGCAUACCCAGCAAAAUCAGAUGAUACUCAGACAAAUACAUACCAAGCUGUACUCACAACAGAUGGUUAUGUAUCAUACGUCCUAAUGCUAUACAAAGAUGGUGAAAUGAACUGGGAUGUAACCAAUCGUGCAUCCAACCUUGUCAUUGGAUAUUCCAGUGGAAAUUUCUUUAAAAAUGAUGACCAGAUGAACCGCCCGCCUUCUAAGAAGUACCGACCAAAUAUGUUUCAAGGAUAUAAUGCAGCGGAUGUUCGAGGUCUCUGGAUAUACACCCUGAACAGUAAUGCUGUGGAUAACAAUCGCAUGACGUGCCUAAACUGGGUCACUUCUGAGCCUGAUCCCUCACAGUGGAAUUCUAACUUACUAUCCUGUCCCUGUUUAUACCAACAGGGACUCUCUGAUUUUAGAUUCAGACCAACAAAAGCAGGUCAGUCUGGUAGCAUCACAAUGCUUCGUACUUCUUUUCCCAGUUCAUCUAAUGCUGGUAUAAGGUGUUUAUACUACAGGAAAAAUCAGUUUAUAGAAGGUUUCCAAGAAAAGAAGUGGAUUUUCAGUUCCGUGGGGACAGACCCUGAGCUCUGGGCUUAUGACACUUGCUGCAAUCAGGUGGAUGACCCGCAGUUCUGUUUAAUGUAUAUGCAGAAGAGACCACUUAUCAGUUGCAGGAGCUACAGGCCUCUAUUCCCUGCUUGGAUGUUUGGAGAUCCACAUAUAUCAACUCUCGAUGGAUUCAGCUACACCUUCAAUGGACUGGGAGAUUUCAUCCUGCUAAAUGCUACAGACACCGACACCUCCUUUAUUCUCCAAGGACGAACAGAGCAGACUGGCAGUGCCAUGGCCACUAACUUUAAAGCAUUUGCUGUACAAUACACAUCUGGUACUACCACUGUUACAGCUCAGUGGUAUCUUGAAACUGAUGGUAACAUCACAACUUACGUGAACAAUCAACUUGUCUUAUUCAGCUUUUCUGAUGAUAUGGAAGCAUUAAUCAAUAAUUCCAACUCAGAUGUUUUCUUGGUGAAGAAUAAUUCUAUUACAGCAACCUUUGGAGGUCUGAUUUCUGUGUCAGUGUCAGCCUACUCUGGAAUCAUGAAUGCUAUUACCAACCUUCCAACACAAUUCUUUGGGAAAUCCCAAGGCUUAUUGGGAGUCUGGAACUCAGAUACGGCUGAUGAUUUGCAAAUGCCAAAUGGAACCGUGAUCAGCACAAACAGCUCUGAACAAGACAUCUAUAACUAUGGACUGACAUGGACAGUCAGUGGAAUGAACCUAUUCUCCCUCUUCCAAUCAAGAGCAAUUCAAAGAAGUGCAAGCACAUUUGAACCUGUCUUCUUGAGUGACCUAAUAAAACAGUAUUCCAGCAACUAUGUUAAACUAACAAGUCUGUGCGCAGGCAAUACAGAAUGUAUCUAUGAUGGGCUGACUACCAAUGAUACGAAUUUAGCUUUAUCAGCGCAGCAAGCCUCUGUUCAGUUCCAGGACACCAAGACUAUCUUGAGUGCCGUACCACCUUUUAUAUUUGGAAACGAUACCAUCCAGGCUUUCAUGAAACAAGCAGUCACUGUACAAUACACUUCCAAUGGUACAGGAGUCACUUUUGCUGCAGCUGUCCCAUAUCAGGAUGUGAACAUAAGCUCUAAUGGACUUCUGAUCUGGACUCCAACAAGCACCCAAGGAUUCACCUUACAACUUACAGCUACUGAUUCAAAGAACUACUCCUCUGCUUUGGAUCUCAAGUUUGUUGUUUGUAGUUGCCUUUUGGCCAGCGAAUGCAACUACACUCAGUCAACUACAGUUAAUGCCACAUCCCUUUCUAUAGCAAGUUGCACAUGCACCACCAAUUACACUGGCUCUUUCUGCUCAACUCCACCCAACCCCUGUGUUCAGGGUUGUUACCCUGGGGUGUCAUGUAGCAACACAACUGGCUGUGGAUCUUGUCCAGCUGGAUUUACUGGUGAUGGAUUACACUGCAAUGAUAUAGAUGAAUGCUUGCAAAAUGGCACCUGCUCUGUUAAUGCAAUAUGUACAAACAUUGUACCGGGCUAUAACUGUACCUGUAAAACUGGCUUUUAUGGCAAUGGAUCCUCCUGUACCGAUAUCAACGAGUGUAAUACUUCUCCAUGUGAUCCUAAUGCUGUGUGCAACAAUACCCCAGGAAGUUACACAUGCACAUGUAAGAGUGGAUAUACAGGCAAUGGAACCUCCUGUAAUGAUAUCAAUGAGUGUAAUAAUUCUCCAUGUGAUCCUAAUGCUGUGUGCAACAAUACCCAAGGAAGUUACACAUGCACCUGUAAGAGUGGAUAUACAGGCAAUGGAAUCUCCUGUACCGAUAUCAACGAGUGUAAUACUUCUCCAUGUGAUACUAAUGCUGUGUGCAACAAUACCCAAGGAAGUUACACAUGCACAUGUAAAAGUGGAUUUAUGGGCAAUGGAAUUUCCUGUACCGAUAUCAAUGAGUGUAAUACUUCUCCAUGUGAUACUAAUGCUGUGUGUGCCAACACACCAGGAAGCUACACAUGCACUUGUAAUAGUGGAUAUACAGGAAAUGGCACAAAGUGUAGCUCGUGUGGUUCUUGUGCAUCAGAUUACUGCUACAAUUUUGGAACCUGCACAUGGGUAGGAAGUAACUGUGCCCAGACUUGCACCUGCACACCAUCAUUUAGUGGAGACAGAUGCCAAAACGCUAAAAACACGUUUUCUGCACUGCUAAGCUCAAGUGUGCCAAAGAGAACUAUUUAUAUAUCCUUUAACCCUGGAGGACCCACCAAUGAGUCCAUAGCUUUUUCUGUGGUUGCCAUUUUGAUAAAUACAGACUCUUUUGCACAGUUCAGCCGCUUUUCCAAUUUCACUUUCAUAAACAAUUCUCUGGCAAAGCUCACAGCUGAGUUUGAUUAUGCUGCAAACACAACAAUAAUUAACCAACUAAAUAAUGACUUGGUGAAUAAUGUUAAGAUUACACUUAGCAUUAAUAAAGGGAUUAGUCGGUCUAGUACAGUCUACACAUAUCAGGACGUCCAAAGUGGUGCAACCUUGACUGUGGACCAGCUACUGAAAUAUGCCAGCUGUAAUGUUGCCGGAUACAGUGCUGAUUCCUACCAGUUAAAUAGCAGCUUUGGCUGUGUGUCAAAGUGUGUGGGUUAUUGCCAGAAUGAUGGCGUGUGUACACUGCUGCCUAAUCAAACCAUCUGCAGCUGUACAUCAUAUAGCAUAUACACCGUCUCUGGGAGUCAGUGUGAGCAUCUCUCUAUGAACCUGAAUGCUUUUUUUGGUAUAUUAUUUGGAGCUCUGGCAUUUCUCUUCCUUUUAAUGCUGGGCAUUGGACUGGCUAUCUACUUCUGUCGUAGGAAAGAAGAUUAUGAUGACACUGAAAGGAUUUUCCCAACUAAGAUAACAGUGAAAAAAUCCCCGCUGUCCAGCUUUACUACUAUUAAAGAAUCCACAUUACCAACAACAGCCUCAAAAAACGGAAAUGAACCACACCUUGUCAGCUGGAAAGCAUAUCCAAACAAAAUUGACAACUUGUAUGAGGUGACAUUAAAAAGACCAGAACCGAAACCUGAAUAGAACGAUAAAGGAAAGAACUGGUUUUUUCAAUGAUGUUUUAGCUGGUUUUCUAAAACUGAGAUGCCAUGUGACUUCAUGCAGAUUUUCCACUGGUUCAGUUUAAUGUCUUUUGCAUGAUAAGUGAGCGAUCUUCUUAUGAAAAAUGGAUAAACAAGAACUGUUUAAUAGCUGUUGUCAUUUGCCCAUUGUGAGAUGAAUCCUAGUUUCCUUAGGUGUUUCUUGGUUUGCUGGUGUUUAUAUGAUGACCACUGGGCCUGUACAGCCUGAAUCUGUUUCUUUAAAAGAAUGCAAAAUUACUUAAACUAAACAGUACUUAAUGUAAGCAGCACUGAUAUAGCAUGUCAGAUUGUGCACUUCCCCAUAUGUAAUAAAAGGCUCUAAGUUUGCCCAGGAGCAGUAACCUAUAGCAACCAAUAAAAUGUUUGCUUUUAACCAGGUGGACAGUAAAUGCAAUGGGCUGCUGGUCCUGGGCAUGAUCUCAUUUGUGUCUCAUUAUCACUAUUUCUUUUCAUUUGCUGUUUGCAAGUUUACAUUGAAGAACAGAUGCAGUGCAACUUAAAGGACAUGUAAACCCUACAUUUUCCUACCAUGUAUAUAAAUUGGCCACAUCUUCCCUACCCAAACCAUACCAUUUAUAUUGCAUAUAUCCCCUCCUUUUGCAAGUACCAUCACAUUUUCCUAAAACAAAUAACAGCUUUCACCCA